CGGUUUUUAGACAGUGGUUUUAGAGGCUCUCGCGCCAUUCCGAGCUGAAAGUUACCGCGUAUUCCGCCAUUUGCUGCUGAUUGAAAGCGCAAUGGCUAACUUAACAGUAAAUAAAGACACGUUUUAUCGGCGUAUGCGACGGCUAUACGCAGCUUGGAGGAAACCAGAAGGCCAAUAUGCCCCUCUUGCUAAGAUGGACGCCCUCAUUUCGGCUGUGGGUGUCGAUGAGGAGGUUGUUUACAGCAAGUCUACUGCCAUCCAGACGUGGCUAUUUGGGUACGAGCUGACAGACACCAUUAUGGUCCUCUGCGAGAGUGGCAUCUAUUUUCUAGCAAGCAAAAAGAAGGUGGAAUUUCUCAAGCAGGUAGAAUCCGGUAAAGAGAAUGAAGCCCAAGUACCACCCAUUACACUACUCAUCAGGGAUAAGGCUGAUAAAGAUCAAGCUAAUUUUGAAAAGCUCAUUGAUGCCAUCAAGAAAAGCAAAAAUGGAAAGACGAUCGGAGAAUUUAGCAAGGACAAGUUUCCAGGAGAGUUCCUAGACUCUUGGAGAUCUGUUCUAGCUGGAGAAAAAUUUGACAGUAUCGACGUCAGCUCUGUUGUUGCGUACGUGAUGGCUCCCAAGGAGGAGAACGAAGUGAUCAUCACUAAGAAAGCCUGCCAAGUUACAGUUGACGUCUAUUCUAAGUACCUGCGAGAUCAGAUUAUGGAAAUCAUUGAUGCUGACAAGAAAGUGAAGCACUCAAAGCUGGCAGAAGGCGUCGACCAGGCUUUUAGUGACAAGAAAUACGUCACUGGUGUCGACCCAUCUCAGGUUGACUCUUGCUAUCCAGCCAUCAUACAGUCUGGAGGAAACUACAACCUCAAAUUUAGUGUUGUAAGUGAUAAGAACACCCUUCACUUCGGUGCAAUCACAUGUGCUCUGGGGGCGCGGUACAAAUCGUACUGCUCCAAUGUUGUACGAACGCUCUUGGUGAACCCAACCCAGGCACAGCAAGACCUUUACAACUUCCUCGUAGAGCUGGAAGAAGAUGUCAUCCUUGAUAAGCUACGAGAUGGCGUAAAGCUCUGUGACGUUUACAGCACUGCAGUUGCUCAUGUCUCAAAAGACCACAAAGAUCUUGUGGACAAGAUGACGAAAAAUGUCGGAUUUGCAACAGGCAUUGAGUUUAGAGAGAGCUCUCUCGUUAUCCAGUCUAAAACAACUGCCAUAGCGAGGAAAGGGAUGGUGUUCAAUAUCAAUAUUGGCUUCUCGGGGUUGGAAUGCAAAGGUGCGACGGACGAGAAUGCCAAAACCUACGCGCUCUUCAUUGGUGACACGGUCCUUGUUAAUGAAGGGCAGCCAGCAACGAUUUUAACAAAUAGCAAGAAGAAGCUGAAAAACAUUGCCAUCUUCAUCAAGGAUGACGAGGACGAUGACGAUGAAGAGGAUGACAAUGAGGAUGUCAAGAAGAAGCAAAGCGAUGAGAUUCUUGGUCGGGGUGGGCGAAGGACAGCCAUUUUGGAUUCCAAGCUCAGGACAGAACAGUCAGCGGAGGAAAAGCGUCAGCAGAACCAGAAGUUGCUGGCUGAGCGGUUGAACCAGGCGGCAAAAGAUCGACUGGCUCAGCAGCGUGGCGUUCAGAAAGAUGAGAAAGUCCGAAAGUCCAAUGUCUCGUACAAAUCUGUGAACCAAGUUCCCAGGGAACCUGAAGUGAGAGAAUUGAAGAUUUUCGUUGACAAGAAAUAUGAAACAGUAAUACUUCCCAUCUUUGGUAUCCCAGUCCCCUACCACAUCUCCACCAUCAAGAAUAUAUCUCAAUCAGUGGAGGGAGACUACACCUACCUUCGUAUCAAUUUCUUUCAUCCCGGAUCUGCAUUGGGCCGUAACGAAGGAAACAUAUUUCCCAACCCUGAGGCUACCUUUCUCAAGGAGAUUACGUACCGCAGCACAAAUGUGAAAGAACCCGGUGAGAUCUCGGCCCCGUCAUCAAACCUGAACACUGCCUUUCGGCUCAUCAAGGAAGUGCAAAAGAAAUUCAAAACGAGAGAGGCUGAAGAGAGAGAAAAGGAGGGUAUUGUGAAACAAGAUACCUUGGUGUUGAGCUCGAACAAGGGUAACCCCAAGCUGAAGGACCUGUACAUUCGCCCAAACAUUUAUUCCAAGCGAAUAUCUGGCAUCUUGGAGGCACAUUUGAAUGGUUUCCGAUUCACAUCGGUGCGGGGUGACAAGGUGGAUAUCUUGUACAACAACAUCAAGCACGCAUUUUUCCAGCCAUGUGACGGUGAAAUGAUCAUUUUACUCCAUUUUACGCUACGAAAUGCAAUCAUGUUCGGCAAAAAGAAGCACAACGAUGUGCAGUUCUACACAGAAGUGGGUGAGAUCACCACUGACUUGGGAAAGCACCAGCACAUGCACGAUAGAGAUGACCUCGCUGCUGAGCAGGCCGAGCGUGAGCUCAGACAGAAGCUGAAAAACGCUUUCAAAACAUUCUGCGAGAAAGUGGAAGGAGUGACCAAGGCUGAAAUAGAGUUUGACACGCCAUUCCGGGAUCUUGGCUACCCUGGUGUGCCUUACCGCAGCACAGUGCUUCUGCAGCCAACCUCUGGCUGUCUUGUGAACCUUACAGAUUGGCCACCAUUCAUCAUUACGUUAGAAGAGGUUGAACUGGUUCACUUUGAAAGAGUACAGUUUCACCUCAAAAACUUCGACAUGGUGUUUGUGUUCAAGGACUACCACAAAAAGGUGGCCAUGGUCAAUGCCAUUCCCAUGAACAUGCUGGACCACGUCAAAGAAUGGCUCAAUUCAUGUGAUAUCCGUUACACGGAAGGAAUCCAGAGCUUGAACUGGACCAAGAUUAUGAAGACCAUCACCGAUGACCCAGAGGGCUUUUUCGAGAACGGUGGAUGGGCCUUCUUGGACCCCGAUGAAGAUGGGGAUGCAGCCGACGAAGAGGAGGAAGAUGAAGAAGAUGAGGUGUAUAACCCAAGUGGUGAAGAUUCAGAAGUAGAGUCUGAGUCAGAAGACUCUGAAGACUACUCUGGCUCUGAGGUCACUGAAGAUGAGUCUGGCUCUGCAGUUGAUGAUGACCUUGGCAGCAGUGAAGAAAGCGGCAAGGACUGGUCUGAGCUUGAGGAAGAGGCUCGAGAAGCUGAUCGUAACCGCAAUGAGUUUGAGGAUGAGUACACAAAGCGCAAAGGGGCAGGUGGUGGAGCAGGAGGAGUAGGAGGGAGCCGAGACAGAGACAGAGACCGCAAGGGCCGUGAUCGCAAAGAGCAGCACAAGCGCAAGGCAAGCACACCGAGUCCUGUCAAGAAUGGCACAGCAAAACGUGCCAAACAGGACCGCAAGGAUGACCGCCACAGUAGCAAGAAGUCCAAGAAGUGAACAAACCGAUCACUUCGUCAGAUGUGGCCACACAGCUCUUGGCCACGUUCAUGAUAGCACCAGAAGACCCCUCAUCCAGAUAUCUCAUCAUCAUCAUCAAAUGCUUCAGGGUGCUAAGGAAUGGGGGCGAGACUUAUGCCGUCAAAUUCUUCUGCACACUUCACCCUUCAUGAUCAGCAAAGUAGAAGCGCAGCAUCACGAUUGGAGUCUCAAUAGCACUGCUUUGAUGUUCUAUCAAAAAUGCGAUUGUUGUUCUGAUGGUUAGUUUUCUGCUCUUGCCAUAAGCAGCUCUGUAGUUCCUUCAAAAAGGGAAUUUUUACACUAUGAGGAAAAAAAAUGAGGUUGUGCACCCAUUUUAAAAGACAAGAUGUCAUCUCAUUUCGGUGUGGAACUCCCAUGCGUUGGAGCUGCAGUUGUUGCUCCGUUGGGAAACACAUAAAAGAAGGUAUCAAUAGAGGCAAGAAAUAGUCUACCCUCAUUCACUGCGGGCCACUGUACAUAGAUUUCUCUUUCCUCAUAUUCAUGUUUCAGAAAUGUACCAGUACACUUGAUGUGUUAACAUGUUUUAUAACAUUUUGUGGCACAAUCACCUGUGUUGUAUGAAAUGUUCAACUUACAACUGUAGCACAUGUAAAAUUCUUCACCAUUGAGACGUGUGAUGAACCUGCUGUAAGCCACCAGGAAGUAAAGGUUGAGGUAUAGCUGGCUCAUUUGAAGCCUUUCCACCUGUUCACGACUGCCAUUUGUUGGGUCACGUUUUGUACCCCAUUACUUCCCUAAAUUGUCCUUGCAAAUAAAUGCUUUUAUAACAUA